CUGCCUCGAUGGUAUAUAAGAAUUUAGAGGCGAUUCUUCGAAGAUUUUUUAGAAAGCAUGGAGAAAGUUUAUCAAAAUCAGCAGUAAUUAAAGCUCCAAGUGCUGCAACAUGGAAGGUAGCUUUAUUAAAACAUAAAGAUGAAGUUUCAUUUGCAAAGGGUUGGGAAAUGUUCAUAGCUUAUUACUCUAUUGACUAUGGAGAUUUCCUAGUUUUUGAGUACGAGGGGAACUCCCUGUUUACUGUAUUCAUAAUCGAUAAGAGUUUUACGGAAGUAGGCUAUCAAUGGAAUAACACUGAGGCUGCAGAGAGUAAUCAAGAAGAUAAGCUUGGGGAUCAUGAAGAUGAUGAUGAUGAUGCCUCUGUUGAAUUCAUUGACAUUAGGAUCAUGAAGAUGAUGCCUCUGUUGAAUUCAUUGACAUUUCGUCUGGCUCACAAGAAACAGGAAAGGAGACCAAAGGGAAGGAAAAACUAG